AUGUCGGCAGCGAACGUCGCGUUUGCGUUCUUUGCCUUCGUCACGUUCAUUCUUGUGCUUGUCCCGCUUCCGUGGCAUCUCCAAGCUUGGAACAGCGGGGUCUGUAUAUACAUUGGCUGGGUUGCUGUCGGGAGCAUCAUCCUGUAUGUGGACGCGGUCGUGUGGAACGGCAACAUCAACGAUCCGAUCCCGGCCUGGUGCGACUUCAGCGGACGCAUCAUGGUAGCCGUUCCAUAUGGUCUCGAAGCUGCGACGCUCUGCAUACAACGUCGGUUGUACCAUAUUGUCCGCUCCAGUGACGUGUCCUCCAAGACUAGCAAGCGACACUGGGUGAUCGUAGACGUGCUCAUCGCCGUAGUCCUUCCGUGUGUUCUUAUGGGUCUACAAUACAUCGUGCAGGGUCACCGAUAUGAUAUUUACGAAAACUAUGGUUGCAUGCUCAACACCUACAUGACGGGCCCUGCCGUCCUUAUCCUACGUGGUCCUCCUAUAAUUCUCGGCGUUAUAGCCGGCGUGUAUUGCGUUCUCCUCAUCCGCAUCUUCACGCAGAAGCGCCGAAGGGCAAAUACUGGCCCCAUGUCCCGCGGCAUAUGCUUGCGCCUCAUAAUGCUGUCUACCGCAACUCUCCUUUUCACCGUCUCUCUCAACCUCUACACGCUGAUUGAGGACACCCGAUACGGUCUCGCUACCUGGAUCUCGUGGGACGACACGCACUACGAUUUCUGGCGCGUGGAGGCGUAUACGGAUGAGAUGUGGAGGGCCGCUCCAGGUGCCGGAGGCUUGGAGGUGUCGAGGUGGAUGUUCGUUGUCGCCGGCCUUGUUGUGUUCGCGUUCUUUGGCUUGGGAGAGGAGGCGAGGAAGCACUAUCGCUCUGCUCUGGUGCAAUUUCAGAUGCAGCUAGCGAUCUUCCGCAAGGCUUGGGCCGACAAAGUCGGCUCCAAGCUUACCAAGAAGCCAAGCACGCACUCGCACCUCCGCCCAAGACCGGCGCACGACGAGAAGUUCCUCAGGGACGACACCAUCACGAUCAGCCGCCACAUAGAGAGUCUCGCGCAGUCGACGACGAAGACGCUCUGCGCCACGGAGUCUUCUAUGGACGAUCACAAGACGGUCGACCUUUCGUCCCUCCGGGUCGGCCUCCUCACGCCUAAGUUCGACGUCGACCCCGCGAAACCCUUGCCCGUCACGCCCCGGGCCUCCAUCCGCAUGAGCGCCAUCCCCGAGAUCGUCGUCGAGGACUCACGCGCGCCAACGCCGAUGCCGACCCAAACCCCGCCUACGACCCAAAUCACACCAAUAAUCCAGACCGUCGACCAGCCCCGGCGGCCACAGAUCUCGACGUACGACCUCUUCCCGCCCAUGUCGGUCUACAGCUCGACGACGAAGGGCGCGCCGUCGACCGCGCCCUCGAUAUACAGCCAGCCGUCGAUGCCCGAUCUCAGGCAGCAGUACCGCCGCCAGUCCUCGCCGCCACCGGUGCCGGCGCCGGAUACGUCGCGGUCGAGCCAGUCGUUCCUUGAGAUUCAAACACCUGUUCCGGAGCCUGCGCAUCUACGCUCUAUGGAUCCGCCAGAUUACUCUGAUUUCCGGGCAGUAUAA